AUGGGUUGUGGUAGCUCUCAUAAUUCUAAAUACAACUACAAGGAUUUUCCAACGCCUGACAUGUUGGCCGAGGCGCAAAUGGAAUACCAAAGAUAUUACUACUCUAAAGAUAAGAACGACAACACUAAUAAAGAAAAAAAUAAGAAAGUAAAUUUUGACGGAGCGCCGGACCCGUACCCGCCACGAUGCAGAAAAUCUCAAAUUUUCAACAUCCAAGAUUAUUUUCAUUUAGACAGAAGAGCUAAACUGACACCUUUUGAAAUGGCCUCCGAUAGUUACGAAAAAUUAGUUUCCUAUUUGGUGAAAACCGCUAAAAACGAUGUCGGAAAGGCGAGGGCGAUAUUCGUGUGGAUAGCCUCUCAAAGGUUGCAGCAGAUCAUGGAUUACGUGGGGGAUAGACUUCCACCGUCGAAAAGUCCUCUCUACAGCAUCCUACACAUCCUCGUCAAGCAGUGGGGCAAUGGAUACUCGGAAAUUUUUUCUAAGAUGUGCAAAUGUGCCGGAAUUCCUUGUAAAAUUGUCAAAGGCAAAGUGAAAGGUAGCAGCUACAAACUUGGAGAGAAAGUGGAAGGAACAAAUGAUUACUGCUUGAUAUUUGUAGAUAAUGAUUGGAGGAUCGUUGAUCCGCACUGGGGCUCACAGUACGUCAUCAACAGAGUCGACGACGAUGAUUGGGAUAGUGUUUUGCACGAUGACAAGAGGAACAAACAGAGUUUAAACGCCGACGAAAUUGAAGUCGGUCAAAUUUGCGAUGAUUUUUAUUUUCUGACUGAUCCAGAGGCUAUAGUUUACACGCACCUGGCGUGUGAAACUGCCAACCAACUGCUAGCCAGACCAGUUACAGAGGAUGAAUUCUGGCAGAUGGCGCUUCUUAAGGAUGCUUUCUUCGAUCUGGAGAUGACAACCGUAAAUUAUCCCAAAUGCAUUAUUCACUCAGACAACGGAAACGUGCACCUUAAAUUCGGCCUCUCCUCAAAAAUAUACAGUCUGUUUUGUUACGGCCUGUACAAAUCUUCUUACGACCCCAAAGCGAACAUUAUCAACGGCGUCAACAUCGAUCAGUACGUUCUCAUGGAGAUAACAAAAAACCAACUGGACAUUAAAAUUUAUUUUCCAAUCAUUGGUAAGUACAAAUUUGAAUUGUACGGUAAAAACAUUGAGGAAAACAAGGGUUUUGAAGUCGUCUGUGAAUAUGCAAUCAUUUGCUCGGAGCCCGAUUUGAAAUUUGAGCCCUUACCUCAGAACACGAGGUCGGAGUGGGGUGAAAAUGGUGAUACUCAGAGUAUAGGGAUGGUACCUAUCAACUUGAAAGGUGGAAUCUUAAAAACAGAUAACGGAAAAAUAAAUUAUGGCUUUAAGUUAACUAAAUCACAAAUGUUGCUGUUCAGCUCCAAACUGAUAAAUGUUCAGAAUAAAAAGGAAAAUUUGAAAAAUUGCGUGCGACAUUACAGAAAGGACGACGAAGUGCAUUUUUAUAUAAAAUGUCCGCAGCAAGGUAGGUACAUCCAUGAAAUCAGUUGCAAAAAACCAGGCGAGAGGCAGUAUGUGAAUGAAUGCAAUUAUUUGAUUGAGAGCAGCCAGGGUUGUUCCGAUUUAUCAUUCUACCCCGACAUUGAAAACUGCCACGGUCAAACAGGAGAUAUGAGUCAACUGACCAAAAGCCCUGUUCUGCAGCCGGUCAGUCACAAGGAAUCAAUAAUUGACCCGAUAGAAGUGGAUAAAGAGAUGAUCCUCACGAUGAAAUCUUACGAAACCCUCUCUCAAAUGUCUGCACACCUAGAGAAACAUUAUUUCUUGGACAGCGAAUCAGAAGAUUGUUCGAACUACGCAUAUCUCCAUCAAUCUGGCAGAGAUGUGAAAUGUUAUUUGAAUUUCUUAAAAGUUGGUUUCUACAAAUUGAAUUUGUUGCACAACAAAGAAAUUGCUUAUCAAUAUCUCAUCAACGUCAUAGAACCGAACUUCAAAGCAGUUCCCUACCCCGAGAGAACAAGCGCAUGGCAGAGCAACUAUUUCAUCGACGAACCGAAAUCGUACAACUUGAAGGCUGGUGAAAAAAUAAAUUUCAUGUUUACUCUGCCGGAUGCAAAAGAAGCCAUCAUCGAAGGAAAAACAUACAGGCAGCCGUUGAAUAAAGUGAACAACGGUGGCGACAUCUGGGAGAAAGAAAUUAUUGUUCCGACGAAUGAGCAAACGUUGAAUUUGAAAGUUGUGACAUCUAACAAAGGACCUGUUAAUGUUCUUACAUACAAGGUUGUAAAAAAUAGCGAACUCGACGAGAUGAAGCAAAGCGUGGCGACGGAAAAGAAAAAGACAGAAGAGUUCUUGAAAGAAAUGGAAGAGCAAAAAGAAAAUGAAGAGAGAUUGAUGAAGAAAGCUAACAAAGACAAAGAGGAAAAAUACAUAAAAGCCCGCGACAACUACAACAAGAACAAGAAGUACUAUGAAGAGGAAGAAGAAAAAUUGCAGCAGAAAGAAAAAGAAUUGGAAACAGUCGGACAAAAAUCAAUGGACAAAACGGAAAAAAUGACGAAAAGAAAUGCAAAUGGUCAUUCGGGCAACAAGGAGCAUCCUUCUAGUACUUAUUACGGAGGCAGCGGCAAUAAUAGCAAGGGAAAGAUUAUUUUCUCACCCGAACCGUCAUCUCGCGGCACGGAUUCCGAACUAGAUGGCAGAGAGAAGCAUUUUAGGACAUAUCAAAUUGAGGGAACUGAAGAUUGGAAACUCUACCAUCCGAAGCUGAGUAGUAACUUAGCGUUGGAAAGAUUACGUGAAUGCAUCCGACAUAGGGACAAGACGUUAUUGAAGGCCUCCAUUGAUAGUUGCCAUGAGAACGGUCUGAAAGAUCACAAAGAAGUCAGGACGGCUACAAUGAAACUCUACACAUUCGACGCCAGACAACGUUUAGAAUCAGCAUGUUUGACGAAAAACCCAUCGGCCAUCAGAAAAGAGCUGGAUGGUAUUUAUUCGCAAGGUCUUCAGCGUUAUCUCCAGAACGAAUGUAGGGAGGCGGGCUAUCUCUUAGAAUCUCUUGAGAGAAACAACACGAACAAAAAUAUUUUAAAUAUGGACAAAAAAACGAUGACUGAGAUUAGAAGGUACAUGAAUCCACCGCCUACUUUCCACAAAAUUAUGCAGUCGACGUUUUUGUUGCUAGGCGAGGAUGAAGAAACAACUGAUUCGUGGAGAGAGUGCCAGAGAUUGUGCAAUCCGCAAGGAUCAAACGGACUCAACCGCAAAAUCAUCCUUUUCGACGUGGCCAAAGUCCAUCCUGAAAUUGUCUCCAGAUCGAAUCAAAUUCUUGAAGAUGUUGACAUCAGCAAGGUUCAGACAGUGAGUCCUGGAGCUGGGACAUUCUAUGUCUGGACGAAAGGUGUGAUCGAUGAGUAUGAAACCAUGUACAACCUUUCGGAAUACAAGCCGGCCAGCAGAGAGCGUCAGAAAGAAAUAUUCGGAAAAAUAAACGAGGAACCGAUCAAAAACAGAAAUUAUUACAAAUCAUUAGUUAGUGGCAAUACGAGUAGGGAAGCAACUUCGAAAUCAAGCCGCAAAACGAAUUCUGAACUUGAAGGAACAUGGCGUUACUGA